CCGAUUGCUGUGGGGAUGGAUUCCUAUAGGGGUUUUGGAUCCACAGGAAGAGGGGGCGAUCCACAAGCGUCGUUUGUGGAGACGACAUUCCGAUGGCAAAGUUUAAACCUCCCCUCAGCGGUUUCUCAGGGCAACCUCUCCUGGGAACGUUCUAGAUUGAACCCCUCUAACUCUGCGGUCCCCAGAAUCAGCGAGAGCUUUGACGUGAUAGCAGCCGAGGCGGCUCGAGCCGCAGACAGACUUCCCUUCCACUCAGGUUUUGAAGUAUCCAACGGCUACGGAUCGAAUUCAGGAUUGAACAGGUGCCUCGGGUUCCCGUCAUGGCCGAGGAAUUCCGGCUGGGGUGUUGAUGUGAGGUCGCCCUCCGGCUUUCUGAGCUUGGAAAGCGGAUCCAGGAAACCCGGCUGGAGAGAGCGGGACAGGAACGGCUUCCCCCCGCACACAGAGGUCUGCGGUUUGGCCUCUGCAAACAAAUUCACAGGGUACAAGAAAAGCAAGAAAAAGAGAAAAUUCCAGAAAGAGGAGCCUACUGAUGAAGGAAACUCUCACCAUCAUUCAAGAGACACUGCAAAGAAAGUAGAUGGGAAGGACCAGGAUGCGCAGAAUGACAACGGAAAGAAAGAUGACAAAACUGUUGAUGACCUAAAACCACCAAAGAAGAAACCGAAGUCAUCAUGUGCAUCAAUGUUAAAUAACAAGGAUACGGCUGUAGAGGAAACGGAACGCACGGACGGCCCCAGCGGCAAUGCUUCCGGUAUAUACUUUUCGUGCAAACUGUGCCGCUUCCGCACUGAAGAUGAGGCGGAAGUCCAGAGGCAUUUCAAGAACGCUCAGCAUGUUGAGAUCAUGAGGAUUUUAUACGAGUCUCUACCCAGGAGGGAGGUGGACUUUAUAAAGGAAUUCAUGAGCAAUGAGCUCAAGCUGGUGUCCCGUGAACGACAGAAGAGGAAUCUAGAGCCCCAAAAGUAUGAUUUUAGAGGUAUCGGACAGGAACAUUAUCUCCAUCGCAUCGAAGCCGCUCACUGCAUUGCCUGUGAUGUCCUCAUUCCAGCUCUUCCUGAGCUCCUGGCGGACCACGUCAAAUCCCCGACCCAUGGGCGGAAUCGCAGGGCUAAGUUUGAAGAGACCCGAGAUAAAUGUGUCAUAGCAGCAAGGAUGUUAUUAAGAGAUAAAAAAGUCAAUCCAUUGCUGGAAAGGUACGCCAAGGGUGAUAAUCCCUUCCAAGAUAUGGAGGAGGAGUACAUGGCAACAUUGGAAGACCUUGUGCCUGAAGAAGAUGUGGUUUCAGAUUGUGAGACGGAGGGCAAGGAAGACCAUGGCCUGGCUGAAGACCAGGAACCAUCUAGGUCUGUGCACACAACAGCUGCUGAUGAUGAUGAUGAUGAUGAUGAUGAUGGUGAUGAUGCCACCACAGAAGCUCCAUGAACAACUGAAGCAAUGGAGCAAACCCAAAAACAACUGUGGUUCACCAAGCUAAAUGCUUGGGUCACUUCAUCAAGCCCUGGUUCCUGUGUGAUGGCACAAAACUUAAUUUACUGUUAUUUAAGGCAAGACUUGUGUCGCAACGACCCAGACCCAGGCUAUAGCCAGGUCUUCUGAAAUUGGCUAUGCUUUCAAUACGAGAGGUAAAGGUUUAUAAUGGCCCAGUUGGACUUGUCAUUAUGUAGGAUGAUGAUAAUGAGGGACAACCAGUUUGCCAUUGGCUAUGCGAAGCUGUGAUAUUGAGGCAAUAAACCAUACUUAAGAAGUCA